CAGUGUGCUGCAAAGUGUUCAAAUACUUGAACAGAGUUCUUAAACUUGCUUCUCAUGUCUUGCGGACAAAAGGGCUUACUCAGUUCCGCGUUUUCUCUCUUUUCCUGUCCAUCACAGAUCCUGAACCAAAGUCAAACACUCCUAAAAUCCCAAAGAGUGUUGUUUUCCCUGUUCUCCAACCAAGAAAUGGCUAAUCUUUUAUUGUUCAUUACUAGAUCAUUCUUCAAGCUGUGUUCUUUCAGCCUUUUGAUUCUCUUCUUGAUUUCUUGCUCAAGUUUCCCCUCAACAGAAGCCUAUGAUCCUCUGGACCCAAAUGGGAAUAUCACAAUCAAAUGGGAUAUCAUGAGCUGGACGUCUGAUGGCUAUGUUACACAAUGGUUUAGAGAGCAUGAUGUACCAUUUGUCUGCAUUGGACGAAGAUGGGAUUAACUUCAUAAUGACAUGAGGAGGCAGUGGUUACAAUUUAUAAUUUCCAGCAAUACCGUCAUAUACAAGCACCAGGGUGGAAACUAGGUUGGACAUGGGCUAAGAAGGAGGUGAUUUGGAGCAUGAUGGGAGGGGAAACAACUGAACAAGGGGAUUGUUCAAGAUUCAAAGGUAACAUUCCACAUUGCUGUAACAAGCACCCAACUGUUGUGGAUUUAUUGCCUGGAACUCCUUACAAUCAGCAGAUUGCAAAUUGCUGUAAAGGGGGAGUGCUAAACUCAUGGGCACAAGAUCCAGCCACUGCAGCAAGCUCAUUCCAGCUGAGUGUGGGUCAAUCCGGUACCACAAAUAAGACAGUAAGAGUUCCUGUGAACUUCACUUUGAAGGCACCAGGGCCUGGUUAUACUUGUGGACCAGCAAAAAUUGUGAAACCCAGUAGAUUUGUUACCCCGGAUGGAAGAAGAGAGACACAAGCUAUGAUGACAUGGAAUGUUGCAUGCACAUAUUCACAAUUCCUAGCUCAGGAAGCACCUAGUUGUUGUGUCUCUUUCUCAUCCUUCUGUAAUGACACCAUAGUACCGUGCUCUAAAUGUGCUUGCGGCUGCCAAAAUACUUCUCAGCCAGGGAGCUGUGUGGAAUCAAAAGCCUCACAUAUAGCGCCGUUUGUUAACAGCUAUACCCCUUUGGUCAGAUGUACAAGCCAUAUGUGUCCGGUGAGAGUUCAUUGGCAUAUUAAGCUUAACUACAAGGAGUACUGGCGGGUUAAGAUCACCAUUACUAAUUUCAAUUACAACAUGAACUAUACACAGUGGAACUUAGUUGUGCAACAUCCCAACUUUGACAAUCUGACUCAGAGUUUCAGCUUUAACUAUAAGUCUAUAACACCAUAUACAGCAAUAAACGAUACAGCCAUGUUAUGGGGUAUUAAAUUCUACAAUGAUAUGCUUUUGGAAGCUGGUCCACUUGGUAAUGUGCAAUCAGAGUUACUUUUCCGAAAGGAUAAAGCAACUUUCACUUUUGAGGAAGGUUGGGCUUUUCCGAGAAGGAUCUAUUUCAAUGGAGAUAAUUGUGUUAUGCCAACUCCUAAUGUUUAUCCUGGGUUGCCUAAUGCCAGUUCCCACCAGCUUACCUCCGCACUUGGUCUGUUGGUGACUCUCUUGGCAGCUAUGGCGUUAUUAUUUGGACAUGCAUGAACAUCAAUCAUUUUUAUUCUAUAACAUCUGGGAUAUACUAGUUUUGACCGAAUCAAUUCAACUAUAGAACAUAGGAUUCGCAUUUCAAGGUGAAGGUGCUUUCUAUUUGAUGUAUGGUUAGCUAAUUCACUAUGAUUUGAUCAUUUGUGCUGUUGUAUGCAUGCUCAUUUCUGUACUUAGCCAUCUUGAUUGUAGAAUUUCCUCCAUAUUAUACUA